ACGUGUGAUACGCGAUCGGUUAUUAGUAGCAAGGUAGUUCCAGCAAAGGUUCCAAAAAUAUUUCGUUUGCUGGUUCUUUCCACCAAGUCCGAAAGGUGUUAACGUUUGAUUGACGCUGAGGAGCUGCGUGGCAUUGAAAGGUACGGCGUGGCGCGGAAGGGCAAAGUGUACAGUGCAGGAACCGAAACGUAAUGUUCGCAGCAUAACGCACAGACACGCUGGAAUCGAUCGGCAACACCGACAACAGCCAUGCUUAACAGUGCCGAAAUCCUGUCCAGCAUACCGUCACUUGGUGGCAAGGAUGCGUCCGACAAUCAUCAUUCGAACGGUCAGCAACCACACCGUGAGGUAGUAGCUCGAUGGCGUGUUCCGAUGUACGGUAAGGUGUACGAGAUCGAGUUCGAGCACGGUACGGCCAGCGGUAAACGGGUGCUGUGGAUCGACAACCAGGAGGUGUUCCGGCGCGACUGGAUGUUCAAGCUGGUCGGCGAGGACAUGUUCAAGCUCGAGGACAAGCGCUGCAUCAUACGGGUGGAUCCAUUGCCUGGCUUCCGCUACAGCUACUCCCUAUUCGUCGAUGGUAAAUCGUUCGAACAGUUCACCGAAUGCCAGGCGAAGGCACUGAAAACCUGGGAGACGAAGCUGGGCGAUAAUUGUUAUCGGAUUGUGCUAGGUAGAUGGACUGUCGUAGGGGCUUGUGUAGUUUACCCUUUAAACAAUUAUCUUAAAAUUCCAGAGAAAAACACACUCAACAUCUACGUGAACGGAAAGUUAAUAGAGGAAAAUGGUGAGUUCGUAGAUGGCGGCACCGACACGACGUUCAUCGAGGACAACAACACUUUCGUCCUGAGUGCCCGAACCAGCGGGAAUAAACGCGAGGGCAUCGUGCAUCGGCUAACGGUGAACGGGACGGAAAUACUGGAUUCCGGUACGCUAAACUGAAGGAGACCCGAAAGGUUUAAGUCAAAGAAA